GCUAGCAAUGUGAGGCUUUGGAGAAGGAGAACACGAGUUAAACAUGGCUGCUUCCAUUUUGAUGAUGAUGAUUUCCUCUUUACUGGGGGAAUUCCUUUCCCUAGGUGUUGGAGCUCUCAGAUGCUCUGGACUUGGUCCGAUAGUCUCUGUGGCUGAAGGGGAACCUGUCUCCUUUGAAUGUCCAUUUCCUGGACCCCCCACUCUCAACAAUACUUUCCAUGAGAUAAUCUGGCUGCAUACCCUGAGCCACACAAACCUGUCCAAAAGGAUCCUGAGCAUAAGGAUGACUCGUCCCAAGGACAGUGCCACUGUAACAGUAACUGCAGGUCAUUUGAGGGGACAGCUGGAUUUUGAAAAGCACAUGAGCUUUCUCUCAAUCCCUGAGGUACGGGUGAAUGACAGCGGUCUGUAUUACUGUGAAGUAACGAUAGUGCCUCCUCGAAUUUAUUCAAAAACAAAUGCAACUAAUCUAAUUGUCAAGAGAGGCUGGCCAACCCAAAUCACCUCUGAAUCUUCCUCAAGUCAUUCUGCACCCGAAGGCAGCACUGUUACACUGAAGUGUGAUUUCACUGCAAACAUGACUGGCAAUUUCACACAGCUUUUUUGGAUUCAUGAAUUAUCAGGCCAGGCCCAGUUCAGACUAAUAGCUUGGCACGGACUACCUCAGAGGGAUGGCACUUACUGUGGGACUGGCAGUCGCUUCCACAGCCAGUUAGAUCUAGACAAACACCGGAGUUAUCUCACUAUAACUGACCUGGAGGUGAACGAUAGUGGAAGGUAUCACUGUGAGGGACUGGGACACCCUGGAAGAGGGAGUAGUACCAGCCUCAUUGUCAAAGUCCCUACAAAUAUUGUGCUGAUCUCCUGUACAGUUGCUGGGCUUCUCCUGUUCCUCCUGGCUUUGUGUCUGUGUUUUAUAUUUAGGAACCGAAUCCAUGCCAAAAAUCAAGACGUUUCCCUGGAAAUAUCACAGCUGAAUUCUAACACCCCUGCACCUGCUGAGAGAGAACCCCUCACACAGCCUGUCAGCAGUGAAAUAAUCUAUUCACAUCUGUGGUGGAGCGAGAAUGAUGCGGUGUCCUCUCUGGGACGGAGUCCCCACUCUGAGGAUCCAGGGGCCAAGAAGAAGUCCAGAAAAGGGACUGAUGGUAGCUCAGGAACAGAUGUUCAGUAUGCUGUAGUUGGGUGCCGCAAACAAAUUCCCCUUAAUCAUGUGUAA